CCUACAUACUAUGCAGAAUACAUACAUACUAUGUAGUAGCACUUGUAUCUUCAAUUAUUGAACGUUAAACUUUAAACUUAAAUAUGUACAUAGUAGUUGAUGCAUAUCCACUCUCUCAACUCUCCAACCAAUCCGAUCCUAUUCGCAACUCUGUAACUUGUAAGCGUCGUCGAGCUACGAGUACCAUUCGACAUCUAUCCCAUCGCGAAUUUAUUCUCCAAUUAGGAGGCACCAACACCUGUCUUGAAGAAAUCGCAACACGAGGAUCAAAUGCCUUGCGUAAAUGCAAUUCUGAAUAGGUCUUAGGAGGAACCACGAUCCGUCGGUAGGGGGAGCUUGGGGGGAGGGGAGGCUCAGAGGUGCCAUGGCUAGCAACGGCGGCGGCGUGCCGAACUGGCAAAACUUCAACACUCACUUCCUAGCUUAUAUCAUAGUCUGUGGUGUCCUUGCCGUUCUAUUUCUGUUGUACUUCAAUAGAGCAUUCGCCUCCAUCGUCUCGUAUAUUAUCCGCGCCUACACUUGGCACGCGUAUCGGGUCUACAUCGAUAUUCAAGCCUUGCAAUGGUCCUUUCUCGGUGGUCGUAUCUUCUUCACCGGUCUUCGAUAUCACGGGAAUAACGAAACGAUUCUUAUACAGAAUGGGCACAUCACAUGGUCAUAUUGGCUGCGCAGAGUACGAAAUGUUGGACUAAGCGUGGGAAAUAAGAAUGAGAAGUCCGGAGACGCUGGGAUCGCAUCGGAUGCCGGUAAACAAUCAGACCUCCCCUGCCGUAUAAAUAUUGUCAUUUCUGGACUUGAGUGGUUUGUUUAUAACCGUGGCGCUGCAUACGACUCCAUACUCGAUGCCAUGACCCAGGUUCCCCAGCAGGAGAUUCGCGAUCCGCCAGGUGGAACGGAAGGCUUGGCGAAUAGCCCGGUCAAAUCACGGCAACGACUUCAAAAGUCCUCCGAGAAAAGUGCGGAUUCUAAAGGCGAAGACACCCACAUAGGUUUCGACGAGAAGGGUGCUCCCCGAGGACAGCAGCAGAGAACCUUCAGCUCAGCCUCCGUGUCUGAUGGCGGUAUUGAAAAGCCAGACAAGAACGAUCUCCCUCCAAUGCUGCAGUUAUUUCCAAUAAAUUUCAAGUGUGACAAAGCGGCUGUGGUCAUGGGAAAUGAUAACACAAAAGCCAUCCUUAUUGUAAAGACUAAAUAUUUGUCUGGGGAAAUCGACGCAACAAAUUGUCAGACUCCUGAUCCAUACCGGCAGGUCAUCAAGAUUCAUUUUGAUAAUCCGGUUGUUGAGAUGAGGGAAAAUGCUGGCUAUAAAGAAGACCAGCUUGCUAAAGCGGUCAGGGACAGACAGGCCGCAAAGGGUUCUACUCCCGUUCAACACCGGUCAUUUUUCCGGAGGCAUCGCCGGCAGGUGCUCGGCCAGUUGCGGAACCUGGUCCCUUAUUGGAGAACAUCCGUGGAGUCCUUCUCGGUGAAUUCACAAGAUAGCGGGGAGGAAACUUCAGAAGACCGCAUACCAGGCUCCAACCAAUGGCAGGGACUUUCCCGAUAUCUCAACGAUGAUGACGAGGAUGACAAACUUAGAUGGUCCUCGGUCGAAUAUGCUAGCGUGAAUACAGUUGCUGACUGUCCCGAGGCUACAUUUACAAUACUAUGGGAUGUGCCUGGAAAGGUUUUACCAGGUGGCCUAUCACAUUCGUCAAGGGUGUUCGAAAGCUCCCCUGAUGAUGUUAAUGGAACUAUAGCACCAGCAUGGGCUAUCAGCCUGGCUUUGAAGGGCGGCACCAUCAACUACGGUCCAUGGGCGGACAGACAGCGAGCUGAACUGCAAAGGGUAUUCUUCCCCGGCCUGUGCAAGGAUGCCACGCCUGCACAGAAACUACCUCCCGGUGCAGACCGGGUUCCUACACGGUUCAACUUUUACAUCGAAUUCGAUCAAGAAGUUAUUCUUCGGGUACCGACACGCGAGGACUCGAAGAAUUGGAAAUGGAAAAAGGAGGCGCUUACAAUAAAACAGCAUGGCAAGCAAGGGAAUCAGCGAGAACGGGGUUCUAACCAAAAGUCUCCUGCGGCUACAGGGGCAGAGCAGCGUCCUUACGGGUGGCUCGACAUAAAAAUCUCACCGAAUGCUACUAUUUCGUAUACCAUGGAUAUGUUGGCAAAAUCUACUGGUUUUACCAACACGCUGAAAAUCGAUUUGCCUGCGACAGAGGUCUCGACUAGUGUCAAUCAUGGACUUCUGUGGAAAUCUGGACACCUACGGGUCUCAUGUGAUUUGUCUGCCCCUCUCAAGUGGAAUGCCCUACGGACCUGGCGUUUUGAUAUCGAUGGAGACGCACUCGAGCUGUUCAUUCUACGAGAUCACAUCUUCUUGAUUGUUGAUAUUAUCGACGAUUGGGGGAACGGGCCGCCUCCCGAUUACCUGCUUUUCACCCCUUUCAAAUAUCUGCUCAACCUACAGUUUCGAAACCUCAAGAUGUAUCUCAAUGUCAACGAUGUGAACAUCGUCAAUGAUCCCAUCAACUGGGAGGAAAACACAUUCCUAAUAUUUUCUAGCCCUUGCCUUCUAGCGGAAACUUGCAUAUCGUUAGACAAGUUCUGUCCGCCUAGUAACGCGGUGGCCUUUCGCAUUACCAUUGACCCCUUGCGCCUUGGCUUACACGUACCGCCAUGGAAUACCCAGGCGACGUUUCUAGCUUCAAAAGAGAUAGGACAACUUGAAAAUGUAACCAUCGACGGAAAAUACCAUUAUAAUGCAACGACCUCGCCUGCAAACACUGACACGCUCGUUCUUAACGUUUCCGCCCAGUCUCCCACAAUAUAUCUUUAUGGAUUCCUUCUCCGGUACUUUUUACAGCUGAAGGACAAUUAUUUAGGAGACACUGUACAUUUUAAGACUUUGGAUGAGUAUCAAGAGGCACUUCGUAUUCAGGAGGCCGAUCCAAACGCCGAACCUACAGAUCGUCCUCCACUCAAGAAAUCUAACGAUUUCGAUGUAAUCCUAAGCAUACAUGUCGACGACCCCAAGAUUUUUCUUCCCGCCAACAUGUAUUCUGCAAGACGUAAUAUUCCAAUCGAAGCCGCUACCUUGGCUAUCGAUCUCCGUUUUACGAACUAUUAUAUGGAUCUCGAAUUUUGCUUGAGUCCCUUGAGCCUUUCCCUCGGAGACGAAGAUGGAGGUGCUACUAGCCCAAUGAGCGCUGUGUCGAGUACACAACUAUUUAUAGAUGGUGUCACUAUAUAUGGACAUCGUUUGUUCGGCCUACCACCAACCGAGCCUACGUACCUUUGUAAUUGGGAUAUGAAAAUCGGGUCUAUCACUGGAGAUUGCUCAACUGAUUUUCUCACCACCCUUUCAAGAGCAGGAAAAGCCUUUGGCUUCUCUCUCGACGAUGACGAGAACGCAUUGAUUCCAUUUUCAUCUGUCGUGGUGUAUGACGUGACGUUUCUACGAGCUUUCGUCGAAUCAGUCAAGAUUUGGGUGCACGUGGAUGAAUCUGCCUUUUUAUUCUCUACGGGAACGAUUGACGUUAUUUUUAAUGACUGGGCUAGAACGCAUUACUCCAGGCGGGCGGAUAUCAGCGUACCUGAUCUUGAGAUUGCUUGCGUAAACUCAGAAUCUGCUACGCGGCGUAGAUCACAGCUUUACUCUCGUGUUGACACUGAUGUAUUUCUUAAAACUAGUAUACAUUUCGCCCUCAUUGGACGGAAGUAUGACUUUGCGCAAGAGAGGCGACUACAGCAGGAGCUUAUACGCCGCCAUGAUCAACGGACGCAUCGGGCUGAAUUUUUGUUACUUCCAGGUCUCUUGGAGGAUAUUACACCUGAUCCUGUUGAUAAUCCUGCGCAGAGUUUCCCAACCGUCCCUCGGCCAACUUUGUCCAAGGCUGUAGCUGAUAAAUCGUCGAUAUCAUCUUUGGUUGCUGCACACCGCCCUCAAGGACUUCGCCACAAGAACUCGUUCCUUUCGUUAGCUAACUCGAGCAGCGAUGGCAUUGUACGAUCAAGCUCAGUGAGAACUACCCAGCGCUCCAAAACUCCUGGCUAUGCUACCUCAAGCCCGAUCGUAGUCAAGGGCAACGACACUAAGCGAGCGACCCAGUCUCGUACACAACAUGCUUCCACCAAGCGUGAUUCGACACCAUUCACUGCCUAUCCCGAUUCAGCGGACAGAAAAGACUUAGUCCACAGCAGUAUAUCUUUUUCAAGCCAAUACUGUCCUCCUUCUUUUCCCCUGCAUAAUGUUCGUCCUGAUACGCAAGAGGCUGUCUUGCAUGGCAUUGAGGAGGACGAAGAUGGUAGUCCGCGAAGCUCUUCAGAUUUCAAUUUAGAUGACAUCGACCCCAACCACUUAAACCAGGACUCUGCUCACCAGAGUCUCCUAUUCGAGCUCCCAUCUGGCAUCACAGCGUUCCUCAAUGCUUCUUCUCUUCAGUGCAUAGCAUCCUUAAUACGAUCGUUGCCCCCUUCCAGCCCCGAAGACAUCCUUGAUACUCUCCAAAUUGAAGCAGUGACGAAUAUCUUCGACACACAAAAGCAGACAGAAGUACACGGGACGGUCACAGACUUUGUCGUGCGGCUACCCCAGGCAAAUCUACGCUUCGUGAAUUGUUCCAGUUUGGAUCCCACCGAACCAUCACAGGAGCCGCAAGACCAGUAUGAUAUGUCGCUCAAAUCGCUGGUACUUGCUACUCGGUCUGGACUACGAGUCGACCCGGCUGAUGGUGUUUCUAUUACUGGUGAGUCCCGGCUAUCAUUUCACUUCCGACUCGCCUCUAUGCAGGUAUCUGCCGCCGAGAGGCUCGCGAAUUUGGACGAGACUCAAGCUGCCGUAUUAGCUAGAAUAGAGAGAGUGAUGGUUUCUUUGGGCUCAAAAGAAGUUGAUUAUGUUGAUGCGGAUAUUGGUGCUAUUCGCGUCUCUUCGUCUUCGGGGAAAGUCGAGUAUCUAGCUUCACUGAUCCACAGAACAAACAUACUGGCAUCGGAGACUGGGAAACUUUUCUCGAAUACAUUUUCAGUUGCGGAUGAGCGUUUAAAACAAUUCACACACCGUGUUAUAACCGAAGGGCAUCAGGCAAACGAUGCGUCUUUUGUUGUCCGUCCUUCAGCUGUCCUACGAACGGCAUCGCACCAUCUCAGAACAUAUGAUUCGUGGAAGCUUGUUACGAGAUUGCGCCAAAUGUGGUCCUCUCUAAAUCCCGAGUCCAAGGAAAACUUGAGACGAGAUUGUAUGUUUGGGUUUGCGCACCAACCUAGCGAUAUGAGGCGACAGGUUACUGCAGCUUUUGAGCGAUGGCGGAGCUGGGACCUAGACGAUCCUUCCCAUGCAGUGCUCUUAAACAACAUAUUUGGGAAAGCACCUGGGCCUAUUCAGAAAACGUCCCACCGAAUUCCUAUGUUAGCCGUGGUCAGAGUACAAUAUAUGCAACUGGUGCUCGAUCCUGGCCCGAAGCAGAACGAGAUCGUUCUGAUAGAUCUAACCGCAAGAAUGCAGGACAGAAGAAGCAGUAGUGAAACCGAGAACCCUACUGAUACCGGAGAUUCCUUGAUGCUCGUCAAUGUGUAUUGCAACGAGGCUGGGAUAAGGACCAACUGGGAACUCUGUGAACUUGCGGAUGACAUACUCCGGCUUUACAAGAAGGCGGAGUCUUCUUCGGUAUCUGAGGAACCGCGUCCGAAACAGCAGGAUACGGUCGACAGCAUGCCAUCUCGUCCGAUUCAUAUGAUAUUCGUGUUAGGGGAGGGUGCUAUCUCAAUUGAAACCAUCAAUCUAAGCAGCAAACUCCAAAGCACCAAUCUCAAGUUGUCUAUGCUUACGACUAAUGGACCGAAAGGUACCACCAACGCAAAUCUCAUUUUAGGCUGUGAUUCGGCCUCGGCGAGGAUCAAGAGUCACUCGCAGGUGCUCGCUAUCUCACGACUACAAUACCCAAGCGUUAUUGUGGCACAUGAGGUUCAAAUUGACAAGCAAUGCUCUACACAUAUUUUCAGGUCAGCCGCUAGCAGCCAAGACCUUGAGUUUGUCGUGAAGCAAGAUCCAAUCGUCUUAGCCGAAGUCCUAGACCUACUCGUAAAGGAUGAGGUCGCGCAACUCUACGCGUUAGGACAGAGAUUGCCCUCGAAUCCCUCCCCUGAACCUCAUAAGCAUAGAGGAGUGGAACGACUAUCUACGGUCCAAGUCAAUCUAGCAAUGUUCUUAGACUCAUAUAAAAUCACGAUACCGUUACUUCGUUCUCUCACAUAUUCUAUAUCUGGGAUGGUUGCGCGGGCAAACAUGGCAGCCAACUUUGGAAAAGAAGUGAUCCUUGAUUUUGAUAUAAAGGAGAACGCCCACGACAUGCAAAUCGAAGUCAACAACAAGCCUCGCAGCCUUUCCCUGUUGCAGAUCCCCCCUAUAAAUGGCCGUAUAACUAGCCACACAACCCCAGGGGAGCAUUCAGUCACGGUGUUGACCUCCAUAGAGCUCAUUCAGCUCGACGCCUCGGCCGUUUAUAGCCUGCUGACGGCGCUGAACCGGCCUGAGAUCUCUAACUCAAUCAAUGACCUUCAAGAACAGUGGAAAAUCAUUAAAGAGCAUGUUGACGAAGUUUUCGUUUCCGUUGAGGACGAGUCGGCAAAACCAGCGUCACCAAAGCCUACAAAGUCCAGUGACUCUAAGCUGACCUAUGCUGUUCAUGGUAGUCUUGCUGGACUCGAGAUCUGGGGUAACGCGCCUAUCAAAUCGGCUGAAGAACCCUUUGCGCGUUUGUCAUUCCGUUUGGAUACGGUGCAAAUACAACUUGCAAACAAGAUGGAUGGGGGGGCUAUACUGGAAAACCCAGAGAUACAUAUCAAUCUUCGCCAGAUCCUGUUCAACAUUGAGAAAGGCUCAGUUGAAGAGAUGAGAUCUUGCGGUAAUCUCGCGUUUGGUGUUUUAGUUACUGCCACAACUCGUGAAUCAGAGGACGGGAACGAGCUACGGUCGUUCGACUUUAGAUCUGAUGGAUUUGAGGUGAACCUCUCGCCAGAUACUGUGUCAACGUUAGUAGACGUUCUUGGUUAUAUGGGAGACAAGUUCAAGGACCUCGACACAUCACGCGAACUAGAAUAUCUACGAAAACUGAGGCAAUCGAAACCCCGGAUUGCUAUAAAUGAUAAAGAGGAAGAAGGAGAAAGCGAUAUCCUAGAUUCGUUCCUGUCUUCAGUUAUGUAUUCUUUUGAGAUACGGAACAUUCAACUCUGUUGGCUUGUUUCUACACUCAACCAGCCGACGAUAGGCCAAGAGGAUCUAGUCCUAUCAUUCCAACGAAUCGAGUUUGCAACCCGGAAAAAGAACUCGGCAAAAUUAACAAUCGAGGAUUUUCAACUUCAAAUGGUCCCACCGGGCCAAGACAAGUCUCGUCGUUCAGCAAACUCGGCCCUUUUACCAGAAGUGAUCUUCAAUAUUGCCUUCGUUUCGACGGCAGAUGCCCGUCGGCUAGCCUUCCAGGCAGUGGGCAAGUCAUUAGACUUACGAUUAACUUCUGCUUUCAUCGUUCCAGCAGCACAUCUCAAAGAUUCGAUCAGCUUGUCAGCACAGAACGCCCAGCAAGCUUCAGAGCAUUGGGCGCCAAUUAUAAUGCCAGAGAAAUCAGUCCCAGAGCCAGCCAAAGAGACAACGGAGACUAGGCGUUCAUUAUUUGGAAGUAGAAGACUGGAGUCGUUAUUGAUCGACGCUGACUUUGCCGGAGCCGUGGUAUACCUCUCCGGGAAAAGGUCGGCCGAUGGAUCCGCUACCUUGGCCGGGUCGAAACAGAAUCGACCUACGUUAGCUGGCAAAUACGGUCAGUUCAGCGCAGAUGAAGCUGGCAACAGUAUGGUACUACGUACACCUGGCUUAGCUUGGAAGACGGAGUAUAAAGAUGACGGUAAAGAGGACCCAACUCUAUACGGAGAAAUCAAGGUCGACCCAUCACGCAACGUUGUGUAUCCAACCAUUGUUCCUCUGAUCCUAGAUAUUACAUCCAGCAUUAAAGAGGUUGUCGGCGACGAUACACCCGAAACGCCGCUCACUCCUACGGUGCCCAAUCAAGACAUAAAUAAGCCGAAGCAUAUUGAUGAAGAGAAUAUUCUGACUGCCGAUCCGAGCGCGGUCUUGGGACGUGUAAAGCUGAACAUGGGCCUACGUAUUUGCAAGCAGGAAUUCAUUCUUAGUUGCCAGCCUAUUGGUAGAGUUGCGGCUACGGCCCGAUUCGAAGAUAUCUACAUCACGAUGAACACAGUUCACGGAGCAGAUCACGGCAACUUCUUUGCAAUCUCGGGUACAUUUAGCGGGUUUUAUACCUCGGUGCAACACGUAUACUCUCGAGAAUCUACGGGAAGUUUUGGAGUAGACUCGAUCGUGCUCUCGAUGAUGAAUAGCAAGCACGUUAGCGGUACGAGUGGCGUAUCUGCCAUCCUCAAAGUCAGUCCAAUGGAAGUCAUGAUCAAUGCCAAACAACUACAGGACUUCUUGCUCUUCCGGGAAAUCUGGAUCCCCGGGGAAAUCAGACAGGGUGCAGCGGCGCCUGUUGCACCGACCACGGCAGACUCGAUAGCACAAGGCCAUCUGGUGCAAAGGUACCAACAAGUUGCCGCUACGGCAGCAUUCCCCUGGACUGCAACUAUCUCUAUUGCGGCCCUAGAUGUCGUCGUUGACCUUGGGCAGUCCCUUGGCAAAUCCAAGUUCGCUAUAAACGAAUUCUGGGUCUCCUCCAAGAAAACAUCGGACUGGGAGCAAAACCUCUGCUUGGGAUUCGAAAAAAUUGGCGUGGAUUGUACCGGUCGACUCAGCGGAUUCGUGGCUCUUCAAAGCUUCAAACUGCGCACCUCGAUUGAAUGGCCAGAACGUGAACAGGCACUAAACGAAACGCCGAGGAUACAAGCAUCCCUUAGUUUCAGCCAGUUUAGAUUAAAAGCGGCCUUUGACUAUCAAGCGUUUCUCGUCGCCGAUAUCACAAAGAUGGAGUUCCUCAUGUACAACGUACGUCAUGAGAGACAGGCGUCUGGCGAUAGGCUCGUAGCUAUCCUCGACGGAGAAGCGGUCCAAAUUUUUGGCACUACUACAUCAGCGGCCCAGACCGUUGCACUGUGGCAAGCUAUCCAGAAGCUCAUACAAGAAAGGAAGACGAGCUAUGAGACGUCUUUGCAAGAUAUAGAAAAGUACAUGAAGCGGAAGUCUUUGACAAGCCAGCCAUCUAUGCAGCACAUUAGCUCUCGAAAGCCACAGACUGACGAAUCUACGACGCGGUCUCCUAUAUCCCUACAUACGGAUGUGGUGGUGACACUCAAGGCCCUCAAUCUCGGCAUCUUCCCCAACACCUUUUCAGAUCACCAGGUCUUCAAAUUAGAGGCCUUGAACGCACAAGCAAGAUUUGCCGCCAGCAUGGAAGAAAAACGUAUCCAUAGCAACCUAGGCAUGACGCUCGGUCAGCUGCGGAUAGGACUCGCGGGAGUACGCAGGAUCGAGGCGCCCAAGGCAGCUAGCGAGAUCGCAGUAGAAGACGUGGUAGCCAGCGCGACAGGGUCAAGAGGUGGCACGAUCCUGAAGGUGCCCAAGCUCGAGGCCACAAUGAAGACCUGGCAGACUCCGGAAGCGCGCGACAUCGAGUACAUCUUCAAGAGCUCGUUCGAGGGCAAGGUGGAGGUCGGCUGGAACUACUCGCGCAUCAGCUUCAUCCGCGGCAUGUGGGCCAAUCACUCCAAGGCCCUCGCCCAGACCUGGGGCCGCGAGAUCCCCGCCAUGUCCGCCAUCAAGGUCACGGGCGUGCCGGAGCCCGAGCAGGAGCGCAAGGAAGGCGAGGAGCGCCAGAAGAUCACCGCCGAGGUCAACGUGCCCCAGUCCAAGUACGAGUACAUCGCCCUCGAACCCCCCAUCAUCGAGACCCCCCAGCUCAAGGAUAUGGGCGAGGCCACCCCCCCGCUCGAGUGGAUUGGCCUCCACCGCGACCGCCUCCCCAACCUCACCCACCAGAUCGUCAUCGUCUCUCUGCUCGAGCUCGCUGGAGAGGUCGAGGAUGCUUAUGCUAAGAUCUUGGGCUCUUCGUAAACCGAACUGGGCGGCAGAAGUAUAGGCAGCAAAAAGGUAGAGAAGUAAGGAAGCAAGGAAGAAGGGAAAGGGAAGGAGGAAUAAUAAUAAAUAUACUAAUUUUCAUCAUCAGGCAAACCCCCCCCUUUUUUUCGAUAGGGAGGAGAGGACUCUUGUUCUUGUUCUGUUUCUUUUUCCCUUUUUUUUUUAGCAGCAUA